AUGGCCAUUGGAGAGCGACAAGAGUUCCCUGAGCAUACAAAGAGUAGUUUGCUCGGGGUUGAUGGCUUGACCAUUUCCAUAUUUGGCUUAUUUUAUUUAAUUUUCUUUUCAUUUUUAGGUUCUCUAUCAUUUAAAGCUCAGCCAGUAUCUCUCCCUCCGCCCUCUUCCGUCCCACCAGCUCCGCCUGCUUUAUCAAAACCUGCUGGGAGCCUCGUGGACGCCCUCAAGAAACCAGAGUACCAGAUUGAAAACAUCCGUAAAGAAGCGAAACAAAAGAGUGUCCUGGCCCCAUCUACUGCCUCUCUUGUGGGUGGGGAGACCAAAGGAUUAUCUGUUCCUCCUCUCAAGCCAUUAAAGGAUGUUCCUCUUAUUGUUCCCACGUCCAACUGGUCCUGUGACUCUUGUUGGGUAUCAAAUAAAAGUGAUACUAAUAAGUGUAUGGCAUGUGGUGCGUCUCAACCCUCGGGCAUUAGAAAGAAAGCUGUUGCUUUCUCUACUCCUUCAGUAACCGACGCUCCCUCUGGGGGGCUGAAAUUUCCCUCUGGGGGAAGUUUAACCAGUACUUCUGGGGGGCUGAAAUUACCCACUGGGGGAAGUCUAACCAGUACUUCUGGGGGGCUGAAAUUACCUACGGGGGGAAGUCUAAUCGGUACUUCUGGGGGGUCAAAACUUCCUACAGGUAACUUGACUGGUGAAGUAAAAUUACCUCAGGGGGGCAAUGUAAUGUUAGCUCCCAGUGGUCGUAUUUUUAGCAGCUCUGGACCUCCUUCCUCUGCAUCUACCAGUACUAAUAUUGCGUCAUCUAGUGGGAGUGGCUUCAAGUUAUCAAGUGGUGGACUGUCUAACGUACAACCACCCACGCUUGUUACUCCUAACACUAAAUCUACUGUCGUGCCUCUCAGCAGUCUAGCCCCGCCCACUUCUAAUUGGGAGUGCCCAGUCUGUAUGAUCAGUAAUACUAAAGACUCUGAUACUUGUGUUGCUUGUGGUGCUAAAAGAUCCUCUGGUACCAGUAUUGAUAACAAGGGAAGUGGAACAGGGUUUUUGAAACCUGGUGGAAAGUGGGAGUGUCCCACUUGUAUGCUCCUCAACGAUCCAAGCAAAGAUUCUUGUCCGGCUUGUGAGACUCCACGACCUGGAGCAACUGCCAAAACCAGUCAGACCAGUUUAAACUCGAGUGUGAAACCUGUCCAGUUUGGUGAUGGAGGUGGAAUGAAGCUUGGAGGAGGAGGAGGAGGGUUGCUUUUGACUGGUACUAGUGGUAAACCAACAUUACAGAUUGCAUCUGGAGGGGGUUUAAAAUUAGGAGGAGGGGGUUUAAAGUUAGGAGGAGGGGGCCUAAAUAUAUUUGGUGGAAUUUCGUCUCAGUCCCAAUCAGUCUCUACUAAUAAUACAAACACUAGUCAGUCAGUUACAUUAGGAGUUACUACUCAAUCUACAACUACUUCUUCAUCUCAGACUAAUGUAUCUGUUUCUUCUUUUAUACCUCCAAAUGUCACUACUGGCUCAUCUCUUCUCUCCUCGUCGUCUCUCCCUACUGCUCCCUCUCUCUUACCUCCUGCAGCUACCAAACCUUCUCUUUUUGGACAGUCACUAGUCACGGCUGCUCCUUCUCCUCUCUCUACUGCUUCUAGUGCUACUCCUCCUCUUUCACUGGGAGGUAGUGUGUCGUUGUCUAGUGGUCUAACCAGUACCACUGGGACUCCGUUGUUUAUGCAAAGUCAGCAACCAGUUUCGGGUCCUAGUACUACAUUCACGCUCCCUAAAUCCGAUUUCAAUAAGGGGGCCCUCUCGGGGUUGAAAUUUGAAACCCCGCCCCCUCCAGUCCUCACCACUGCAUCAAGCGAAGGAUCAACUCAAUCUCAACCUAUAUCAGUUACUCCUUCUUCUGGUUUUUCUACUUUACCUACUACUUCUGUUGGGGCUUCGCUGUUUCAGUCUUUUCUGACUCCGCCUGCUUCCGCUCCUGCUUCCACAGCGACCGUGUUUGGUAAGCCCCCUGGAGGAGGAGGGGACGGACAGAAGCUGCUGUUUGGAGUACCCAGUCAAGGUUCUGCUCCAGUGUCUAAAGCCCCAGCUCCUCCAUCUUUAUUCCCACCAAUUAUUGGAACAGGAAUGGGUUCUGGAGGAAUGGGAAAUACAGGAAUGAAAACUGGAGGAAUGGAAAUGAGUGGUGCAGGAAUGAACUCUGGAGGAAUCAGGAUGAGUCCUGGAGGAAUUGGAAUGAGUUCUGGAGGAACGGGAAUGAGUUUGAAAGGAAUGGGAAUGAGUACUGGAGGAAUAGGAAUGAGUGGUGCAGGAAUGAACUCUGGAGGAAUCAGAAUAAAUUCUGGUGGAACAGGAAUGAGCUCUGGAGGAAUGGGAAUGAGUUCAGGAGGAAUGGGAAUGAGUUCAGGAGGAACGGGAAUGAGUUCAGGAGGGACGGGAAUGAGUUCAGGAGGAACAGGAAUGAGUUCAGGAGGAAUGGGAAUGAGUUCAGGAGGAAUGGGAAUGAGUGGUACAGGAAUGAACUCUAGAGUAAUGAACACUGGAGGAAUUGGAAUGAGUUCUGGAGGAACAGGAAUGAGUUCUGGAGGAAUGGGAAUGAGUUCAGGAGGAACAGGAAUCGGAAUGAGUUCUGGAGGAAUUGGAAUGAGUUCUGGAGGAAUUGGAAUGAGUUCAGGAGGAACAGGAAUCGGAAUGAGUUCUGGAGGAACGGGAAUGAGUUCUGGGGGAAUGAGUACUAACUUAUUUGGAAAUCCUACUCCUGGGGGUCAAACCAGUACCACUUCUGGUUUCAAUUUUAGCAUGAAACCUAAUCUAAACUUUGGAAACUCAUCACCCUCCCCUUCAACUUUUCAGUUUGGAUCCAACCAGCAACAACAGCACCCGUUACAACAAGGACAGAAUGUAUUCCAGCAACAGCAGCAGCCAUUACAACAGGGAUUACAGCAAGGACAGAAUGUGUUACAGCAACAGCAGCAGCCAUUACAGCAAGGACAGAAUGUGUUACAGCAGCAAGGUGGUACCAUGCCCUUUGGAAUGGGUUCUCAGGGUAUUGGAAUGGGAGGGGGAGGGUUUUCUGUCGGUAGUGAUUUGGCCAGAGGCAAACGACCAAUUAAAAAAGCUGUUAGAAGACACAGAACUUAAUUAGCUUUCUUUUAUCUCACUCUCUCUCUUUUAUUAUUAUUAUUAUUAUUAUUAUUAUUAUUAUUAUUGUUAUUAUUAUUAUUAUUAUUAUUAUUAUUAUUGUAAAAAAGUUGAUGACUGAUUGGUUUUGUGAUUUGUUAUGUAUGUGUAUCAAAAACUGCUCAAUUGUUUUCUUUUGUUUUCAUCUUUGUUUUGAAAGAAAAAUAAAAACAUU